AUGUACAAUAAGGUCUUGUGGUGCAUCUCCCAGACUAACCCCCACCGCAAGCUCUGCCAGACUCCAGUAUCUUCUAUCGCGACGCCAGUCUACAAGCAGCACUACUAUCUGAUCAAUGGUGAGUUGAUCUAUACCUGGUUCACCCUUGGCCUGUUCUUUGUGCUCGAGUUUGUCAUCAAAGUCCUUGCCAAUGGCUUCAUCUUUACCUUCAACGCCUACCUCCUCAACACCUGGAACCACGUCGACUUCCUUGUCCUGGGCACGCUGGUAUUGGAUAUCCUGGCCUCCUUGGUCUACGGUGGCCUGACCAGUCGGUUCACGCGCUCGCUCCGGGCGCUGCGGAUGAUCAACCUGACAAUGAGCAUGCGCGAGACGCUCUACAACGUGCUGAUCCUUGGCUUUGGGAACCUGAUGGAUGCCUCGGUCCUGAUGUAUGAUCAACAAGAUGCUGACGUCAAUAAGUACAACAAAAUCCCCAAACCGCUCCGGACGGCCGACAAGGUCGGAAUCUGUGGGAUCAAUGACAAGAUCCAAGACAGGAACCUCGACCUCAAACAGACUCCAGUCAUUGCCAGCUCUUCAAAAGACAAAGAAGCUUUUAUUUGGGAACUUGAUUGCAUCAUUUUUUGCGUUCUUGAUUUCAUUCCCCUAAAGAUGUUGGUGAGCAGAGCCCAGGAGGUCCCCGAGGACAAAGACAAAGGUGUUGCCGCAGACACAUUCUGA